UGUGAUCGCAAUGUUGUUUUGUAAUCAUUUGUAAAUAACUCGUGUUCUUGUAAGUUAAAUGAAAACAUGGCACUGCGAACGUCGGCCGCAUUAAUUCUGUUCCUACUUGUUUGUGUGGGAAACCUGUUAUGUUACGCUUAUAUACCUAAGAUUAUAAAUGGUCGACCAACGGGUGGGUUUUUAAAAGGAUUUUUAUUCCACAGGCAAUUGCCCCACAGUAUUCAAGACCCUGUUACUAAUGAAUUAUGGUUCGAUCAGAAACUCGACCACUUUGACCCUUCGGAUACAAGAACUUGGAAACAGCGAUAUUUUAUAAACAAAUCAUACUUCAAGCCUGGUGGUCCAAUAUUUCUAAUGAUUGGUGGAGAAGGUACAGCUGAUCCAAUAUGGAUGUCCACGGGAGAUUGGGUCGAAAAUGCCAAGAAGUACAAUGCUUUCUGUAUCCAAGUGGAACAUCGGUUUUAUGGGAAAAGUCAUCCAACUGAGGACAUGAGCACUGAAAACCUUAAAUAUUUAAGUAGCAUGCAAGCACUUGCUGAUUUGGCAAAUUUCCGACAGAACAUUUCUCCUCAAUUUGGUUUUACAAAGAAUAAAUGGAUAUCUUUUGGUGGUUCCUAUCCUGGUGCUUUGUCAGCUUGGUUCAGAUUAAAAUACCCACAGCUUGUCGAUGGUGCAGUUGCCAGCAGUGCUCCAGUUAAUGCUGUGCUUAAUUUCAAAGAUUAUUUGCGAGUUGUUACUGAGUCUCUUGCGACAUUUGGUGGUCCUGAGUGUAACACAGCUAUUAGCCAAGCAACGGAAGCUAUUGAGCAAUUACUUAAAACUCCAGCAGGAAGAAAUCUGUUGAAGACAAAUUUCAACCUUUGCCAAGAAAUUGAUAUCAGUAAUACACUGGAUAUUUCAAAUCUUUUCUCUUCAUUUUCUGGAAAUUUUGAAGGUGUUGUGCAGUACAAUAGAGAUAAUCGGGAAUUUGAGCAUGUCAAAGGAACAAAUAUAACAAUUACUACCCUCUGCAAUAUUAUGACAAAUAAGAACUAUGGGCCUCCUAUUGAUAGAUAUGCAAGAGUUAACCAGUUAAUGCUUAAAACACAAGAAGAAGAGUGCCUUGAUUUCAGUUAUAAAGAAAUGAUUAAAGAUCUCAGAGAGACCUCAUGGAAUUCAAGUGCUGCUGAAGGAGGCCGGCAGUGGAUUUAUCAAACCUGUACUGAAUUUGGAUAUUUUCAAACAUCAGAUUUUCCUAAACAGCCAUUUGGUCAUUAUUACCCUUUAAGUAUUUCAGGUCAGAUAUGUAUGGAUUUAUUUGGUAAGAAAUUUAACCUCAACUUAACCAGUGCAGGCAUUCAGUGGACCAAUGCAAACUAUGGUGCUUUACAUCUAAGUGGUUCUCGUAUUAUUCUACCCAAUGGUUCUAUAGAUCCUUGGCAUGCUCUAGGAGUUCUUAGUGAUAUAUCUAAAGAUGUUAAAGCAGUCUAUAUAAAUGGUACAGCUCAUUGUGCUAAUAUGUAUCCUGCUGCUGCAUCUGACCCACUGGCAUUGGUACUGGCUCGUCAGGAGAUUUCCGAGUUUGUUGGAAAGUGGUUGUUGUGAAUAAAUAGGCAUGUCUUAAAAAGAUUUUAGGCAUUUGAUAUGUUGAUAUAAAAAAUAUAUGACUUCUAAAAAAUUUGUAUUUAGGCAAAAAGAUCAAAACUAACAAACAGAUAUGAAUUAAAACAGCAUUUUUAAAAAACAAACAGAAAAGAUAUGUGGAAGUAACUUCAUCAAAAGAAAUAAUGGAAUUCAUUAUUAAAAGUAAUCAACAUACACAAGUUUACUUUA